ACAUUAAUGGCUAACGCUAUCUAAAGCAAUGGGGACAGCUUAUCUAUCAAAUGACGUGACUUUUAACCUUCAAAUGUCUGUAUAACUUUAUAUAACAUUUAGCUACGUUUAUAUAAACAUGUUGCGGACAUUGUGUCGAGGCGGUGGGGCCGUUUUUAAGCAUGCUGUCCCCAGACUGUGCAUGACGCUUACCCAGCAACGAUGGGCCUCUCGCUUACCCAUGAACACUGUGGUCCUGUUUGUGCCGCAGCAGGAGGCCUGGGUGGUCGAGAGAAUGGGUCGCUUUCACCGCAUGUUAGAGCCGGGACUGAACUUCCUCAUCCCCAUACUUGAUCAAAUUCGUUAUGUGCAAAGCCUUAAGGAGAUUGUUAUUGACAUCCCUGAACAGUCAGCUGUGACCCUAGAUAACGUGACUCUGCAAAUUGAUGGAGUCCUCUAUUUGAAAAUCUUAGAUCCAUAUAAGGCUAGUUAUGGUGUAGAGGAUCCAGAAUAUGCUGUGACUCAGCUCGCACAAACCACAAUGCGUUCAGAACUGGGCAAACUCACCCUGGAUAAAGUAUUCAGGGAAAGGGAGUCUCUCAAUUCCAACAUCGUCCACUCCAUCAACCAGGCGUCAGACGAGUGGGGGAUCCGCUGCCUGCGAUACGAAAUCAAAGACAUACAAGUUCCACCUCGUGUUAAAGAGUCAAUGCAGAUGCAGGUGGAGGCCGAGCGCAGGAAGAGAGCCACAGUGCUGGAGUCUGAGGGGACGCGGGAAGCGGGCAUCAACAUCGCAGAGGGUCGCAAGCAAGCCCUCAUCCUAGCCUCAGAGGGAGAGAAGACUGAGCAGAUAAACAGAGCAGCCGGUGAGGCCCAGGCUGUGUUAGCCAGAGCAGAAGCUAAAUCCAAGGCGAUUCGUCUGCUGUCAGCGGCUCUGGCUGAACAGAACGGAAAUGCUGCAGCCUCACUUAGUCUUGCUGAACAGUACGUCUCUGCUUUCUCCAAACUCGCCAAAGAGUCCAACACUGUGCUGCUGCCCUCCAACACUGGGGAUGUUAGUGGAAUGGUCUCACAGGCCAUGACUAUUUACAGCAUGCUAGCGAAACCAGGGCUAAAAGUUGAGAGCACGAAGACCAGCACAGACAAACCCAGUGAAGAGCCUCCAGUUCAGUCAGCAUCAGCUCAGUAGCAGCAGAGGAUGCCAUUAUUGCUGAAAAAAAGAGGAAGAGGUUUUCCACAAUUAUGGAGCACAAUGGCGCUGCUGUGUGGACUCCCUCAGUGUCUGGUGCAAAGGGCACUCUAUCUACUGCAGGGCACAGGAUGUCGUGACAGAGGAACGGCGAUGGAUAAACAGACGAAGGCGAGCAAGAACGGCAGGGGGAAGAGAGAAACUGAGCCACAAAUAAUGUUACAUGUUGUAGUUUGCUUCAUCGCCUUUAAAUGCACAUCUGCUGACUGUGAUACUGUGUAGAUGUAACAUUUCAGGCCAUUUGUCACCCAGUCUGUUCAGCUUAAAUAUAAUUUUAUAUAUUUUUGUGUUUUUUUAAUUUUCUACAUUAAAGCCAACCCAUUAGAAAUACAGUAAUGAUUGUUGAUGUGGUUCAAAACCUCAAAGCACUUUAAGAGCCUCUAGUUUUAGGAAGAUAAUAAUUUAUUAAAAAUAAUUUAUUUGGGUUUUGGUGUUGGGCUAAUGACUGGAAAAGGAAAUGUGGACACUAAGAAAAAUAAAAAAAAUAAAACUGUU